AUGGAGGCUCGGGUUGCUCAGGCAACCUAUCGGCAAAGAUAUUUCGUUUGCAAGUGCGAUCAGGCGUCUGUGAGAAUCACGGAUGCGACGAAGAAGCUUCAGACAAUUUUUUUCUACUUUGGGAACGAGGACUCAGUGGAGCUCUACGUCAACAACACAGGGCUGAUGUGGGAGUCAGCUAGUGAGUUCGAUGCCGUCAUGGUCUUCUUAGAGCAUCGGUAUUACGGCAAGUCCGUCUUGUUCGAACCAGGACGAGAAGGUUGUAUGGAGUUUCUUACCACCGAUCAAGCGCUCCUCGAUGCGUCUCAGUUCCUGAGCACUCUGAAAGCAAACCCGAAGGAAAUCCUCCCCAAGAAGAUAAGCAAGAAGCCAGUAGGACCCAUCAUCGGCUUCGGAGGAAGCUACGGGGGAAUGAUCGCGUCUUGGUUCCGGAUGCGCUUUCCUCAUCUGAUCGAUGGAGUUAUUGCUGGAUCCGCGCCCAUCCUCUCCUUCGAAGGUCUUCGCCCAGCCUACGACAACGGAGGAUACAUGCGGGUUGUCACCCAAGAUGCAUCCCCGUUGUGCGCUAGAAACUUCCUGCGGGCUCAGAAGGCUGUCUACUCAGUAUCACAGUCGGAGGAGGGGAGGGAGUUUCUGAAGGAGGCGCUGCUCCUGUGCGUGCCUCCUGCCGCAUGGCGACAAGCAGUCCUGACGGGUGCUGUCAGGUGUGAAGACUUUGCGAGGGAAGAGAUUUUGGUUCUCGCUCCUCCCAUGCUCCCUUCGUCUUAUGCUCUGCAGAAUCUUAUCUCCUGGAUGCAAGACCCCUGGUCCUUCCUGGCCAUGGGCGAGUACCCGUACAGCUCCUCCUACCUCACGCACGGAAAAUGCAAUUUACCACCCAAGCCGCUGAGCUUUGCCUGCCAAUAUCUUGAGAUGUACAGUGAUGAUGGGAUAACAUACAGUGAUGUUUGUUGCAACAGACAGGCAAAAUCGAUCGAUUUGCCCGAAUUGUUGAACGCGACAAGAUAUGCUCUUGGAGUUUUCUACAAUUGCAGUCAGGACGUUCAAUGCUUCUUCAAUGGGAACAGCAAACAAAUGCAGAUUCCAAGAAAGAUGGGGUCCAUAAAACGAUUUCAUUCAAAGGAAGGCAGGAAGAAAGCGGAGGGAGCUGACCUGAGUUGUGUUGGUGACUGGGGAUAUCAAUGGUUUUGGCCUCCUCACCUCUGGAAUGCUGAAAGUGCGAUCGCGGGUUGCAAGGAGGCCUGGGGAGUGAAACCACGGUCGCACUGGGCAGUUGUGAGGUUCGGUGACAGAGACCUUUCCGCUGCCUCAAACAUCUUGUUCUCCAACGGCCUUCUCGAUCCAUGGUAUGUUGGAGGUGUUCUUAAAAACGUCUCAAGCAACGUUAGAGCGGUCUGUACUUAG